AUGGCUUCUGAUGACGGACUUGGUCCUCGCAAGAGGCGCAGGGUCGGUCCCUCGGGGACUCGGCCUUAUGUCUUACGGUCUCUCUUCGAUAAUGUGCCUCUGGCGACUGAGGGCAGCUCCGACGUUUACAUCACUUGCGUCGAGUAUUGGGAUGAAAACUUGUACAUCGGAACCUCCGCGGCAGAAAUAUUGCAUUUUGUUAGCCUUCCACCAGCUUCCGACGAUUCCAACGAACCUACAUUCAUCUUGGCUUCGAGGUUGCCUAUACCAUUCCAAACUAUUCCCUCCGACCCAGAUCAACAAGGUGUCAGACAAAUCCUUAUACUCUCCUCGGUCAACAAAGCCUGUGUUCUCUGCAAUGGAUCGGUCACAUUCUACAUGUUACCCGAGCUCAGCCCGGCGUUCGGGAACACCAAGGUCCAUCAUUGCAGCUGGAUUGGUGGGCUAGACCUAAACAAAGAUGAGGAUUCAGAGGAUAACCCCGUUAUUAUGAUUGCGGUACAAGAUCGGAUCAUGCUGGUUCAGAUCGGGGAUGAGGCGCGGCGCAUCAAAAGCAUCAAAUUCCCUGGUUGCCUCGUAGCUGCACGCAGAGGUACAAUUGCCUGCGCAGCUGAUCCCCACUCAUAUUCCCUUCUUGAGGUAGAGUACCAGCAGAAGAUUCCUCUCUUUCCAAUCUCUUCUUCAAAUGAAGUCUUUGAUCUGAAUACAUUUGUGGGAAUGCUGCAACCGCAUGCACAGACUCCCCGUCAUGAGAGAUCGCCUUCUGGAACACCAGACCCAUUCACAUCUACGGGGACACCGCGACGGUCGAGCUCCGAGGAACGUCAGGAGGAAGGCCCCAAGCAAACCGACCCAGAAAACUCAGGGAGCGAUCAGCAAUCAACAUCUCCGGAUAGUGUGAAGCCACUGCCGCCUCUUCCAAAACAGCCUGUCUCAAAACAACUCCAGCCUCAUGUAGUGUCGCCGACCCCUUCUGAGUUCCUUCUCGUGACUGGAACCGAAGAAUCCGAGCCGGGGGUGGGUAUAUUUGUUGACAUGGAUGGCGAAGUUGUGCGAGGUACCAUUAACUUCCACCGGUAUCCGAAGUCUGUUGUCAUCGAUGCUGGCGAGGAUGAUCAAGCUCUUCAGCCAAGUGAAGAUGCCAGAGAAGAAUUUGUUCUUGCUCUCAUUAAUAUCAAGGACGACGGAGGGAACCGUACCCAGUUAGAAAUCCAGCGCUGGGACGAUGAUCCCGUGGAGCUUGAACGGCAAAAGAGGUGGAUGGAGAUUCCUUCGUCUACAGAGACCGAAUCAUCUCCUGUCGGAUUUCAACACACUCUCAGUGCCAGCCGCUUAGAUCUAGAUGAGGUCGGGAAACUCCUACGCAUGAGCCGAUUUAAGAACCCUGCGCUACCCCCACAUGUGUCCAUGGCAGACUCCAGAACACAGGCCUCAAUUGAACAGCUACAAAGGGAGAAAGAGCUUUUUGAAUCACAAGAAAUGACAGAUUCGGAUGCUUCUAAAAAGGGGGAAACCGGGGCAACCCGGGACUGGGAGACUCAACGAAAUGAAGAUGAGGCAAAAUUCGCCCAUCGGCUUGGAAAGCUUCAAAGCAGUCUGAUUUUAUGGUCUGGUUCUCAAAUCUGGCGACUCAUUAAGAACCCUUUGGUUAUUCAGCUUGAGGAUAUUUUGCAGGAGGCGCAGCAAACCGAUGCUAGUGGGCACACACUCUUGCAAAGGGGUGCUGUUAUUGAUUUAAUAUUCUCUAUACAAGACGCAGAGCCCAAAAAUGAGUCCGAGUUCAUUGGUCUGGGGUAUGUUAAACAGAAAGCCAGCUUGAUGCUAUACGGGGAUCUUCUUUCCAUGCACCCUAAUCACCGCGGAGAUGCAGUGAUACAGAACACCGAACACGCAAUUUUGGCUGGCAACCUGGACCCGCGUCUAGCAUUGCUGUUUAUUCCACUUCUGAGGUGUGAAGUUCUUCAAGGCCCGCAGGGUAUUUGGAUCCACUCUGGCCUCGCAACAGUCACAGAACAAUAUUUGGAGCAGGUUGCAAAUACCAGCGACCAAUCACUUGGUCCCGCAGCCGUGCACAGUUCCGCUUUGAAUAUGGUCAAGCGGUUUCUGUUCUCGUGGCAACAGAAGAGAGGUUAUGGUAGUAUUACAGACGAAACUUACGUUCUCGAUAGCACAGAUGCUGCCCUCUUGCACCUGCUUCUCGAGCAAGAUGCACAUUUUGAUACAGAUCAACGAGCAUCCUCCCGAAUCCGUUCGGAACUAAACAAACUGGUCGACGGCUGGAAGGGCAACUUUGAUCGGGCAGUGGCGCUUCUAGAGCAGUACCAGCGACUUUAUAUACUGAGUCGUUUAUACCAAAGCCAAAAGAAAUCCCGCAAUGUUCUCAAGACAUGGCGCAGAAUCAUCGACGGCGAAACGGACGCUGGUGGCGAACUCACUGCCGCUAGUAGUGAGAAACAGAUGCGGAAAUACUUGGUGAAAAUCAAAGACGUACAGCUGGUGGAGGAGUAUGGAUCCUGGCUUGCAGGACGGAACCCCAGUCUGGGCAUUCAGGUCUUUGCAGACAACUCCAGCCGGGCGCAGCUCGAACCAACCGACGUGAUUGCGCUACUCAAGGAACGGGCUCCCAACGCUGUUCAAUUCUAUCUGGAAUAUCUCGUCUUUACCAAACACCAAACCCAAUACGCCAAUGACCUCAUCUCGUAUUAUCUCGACGAGGUGCUCUCGGUCCUGGAGUCUGACCCUGCUGCGCGAGCCUCUCUCUCUGACUCCUACUCCACGUAUCGAGCACUACGUCCUCCUAAGCCCACUUAUCUGAACUUCAUCACGGCGAACACCCCCAAAGAGCCGUGGUGGCAGUCCCGACUGCGUCUGUUACAAAUACUAAGCGGCAGCUCGGGAACACAGUUUUCAUCUACUGCCCUUCCAUCCGGAAUUACUUACUCAAUUCCCGCCGUCCUGGAACGCAUCGAGCCCUUCCAAAAUGAGCUGGUCUCAGAAAGCAUCAUUCUGGAUGGCUUACAGGGCCACCAUCGCGCGGCCCUGCGGCUACUCACCCACGGGCUAGGCGACUACGACUCUGCAGUCCGAUACUGUCUUUUCGGCGGUCCUCGAAGCUCCACAUCGUCCAGCGGCGCCCAGCCCGAACUUGCAGACCAUGCGCAACAAUCGACCUUAUUCCGUCACCUCCUCGACGAGUUCCUUCAAAUCCAAGACCUGACAGACCGUAUCGAACGAACGAGCGAUCUCCUCGCCCGCUUCGCCGGCUGGUUCGACGUUCGCGAAGUCCUAGAGCUCGUCCCCGAGGACUGGAGUGUGGAUAUCCUGGGUGGCUUCUUCGUUCACGUCUUCCGCACGCUCGUCUCCGAGACCCGAGAGGUUCGCAUUGAGCGCGCACUCAGUGCCGGACUCAAUCUGCGGACUGGCGUCGAAUAUACGGAUAGUAUGGAGAAGGCCGGGGCGUGGAUCGAAGAUGGAGAUGGACUCCGGCGUAUCAAGGACCGUGGACCCCAAACACAGCCUGAUGAUGCAACCGCCGGUGAUGAUGGUGACUUUGGUGAAGUAGUGGGUCCGCUCGCGUCUGGGGAAAUCGACCAGGCGAUCGUACGAGAUUAA